UCCGCUCAGCCUGAGUUGAAGCAGCGAUGAGUUCAGCUCAGUAUCUGAGAGAGUUCAUCAAGGAGAGACUAACUGCUGUUUGUGAAGAAAUCUUCUCAGAGGUUCAAAAAACCAUCGUCCAGUAUGAGGAGGAGAUCAACCGUCAGCACAGACUGCUGGAUAUCAGCCGGAAACCCGACAGAAACUCACACAUCAUAGACCUCCAACAGCAACAUGUCAUUGAGAAGGAGGAGGUUCUUACAGACCAACAGGUCUGUAUCCAAGAAAGGAACUCCAGUCUGACUGAGGAGGACCCAGAGCCUCCACAGAUUAAAGAGGAACAGGAGGAAGUGUGCAGCAGUCAGGAGGGAGAGCAGCUUGGACUGAAGCAGGAGACUGAUGCCUUCAUGGUGACAGCCGCUUAUGAGGAAAGUGCACACACUGAAUCAGAAACAAACGUUGAGCAUCUCCUUUCUCACAGCUUUCCUGAAGCAGAGAGCCGAGAUCAGAAAGCAAGCCAGCAUGUGGACUCAGGAUCAACUAGAAAUGCAGAGCUGAAGAAGAGGAGACAUCACAGCAACGGAAGUCACAGUCAGAGAGUAGACAACCCUGCUGUUUCAGAGAAUCAAAGUAAAACUGACACAAAGAAAAAGUCUCUGAAAUGUGACGUCUGUGGAAAACAUUUUCAGUUUAAAUGUCACCUGAAUGCACAUCUCAGAAUUCACACAGGUGAGAAACCGUAUUCUUGUAGCACCUGUGGGAAACAAUUCCGUCAGAUAUCAGCUUUGAAAAAUCAUGGUAACUGUUACACAGGUGAAAAACCAUAUCCUUGUAGCACUUGUGGUAAAAGAUUUUCCUAUAAAUCACAUCUUGAGUCUCAUGCAAGGAUUCACACAGGUGAGAAGCCCCAUAUCUGUACCGUUUGUGGGAAAAGAUUCAGUCGGCGUGCACAUUUGUAUUAUCACUUAAAAAUUCAUACAGGUGAGAAGCCGCAUCUUUGCAGCACCUGUGGGAAAGGAUUCAGAGAGAACUAUGAGUUGCAACGUCAUGUAAGAAGGCACACUGGUGAGAAACCGUAUUCCUGUAGCUUUUGUGAGAAAAGAUUCAGUCAUCUCGGACACGCAAAGAGACACAUGAAAAUCCAUACUGAUUAAAGUUUCAUGCUUAGAAAAUGUUGGACAGCUGUGAGUGGUCCUGCCAUUUUUGUUUUUGUAAAUUAGCCUCGUGGUCAGCACUGACAUAUGGAGGCACUGCUCUUCAUUUACCUGUUCCCAUGGUGAAUUGUGAUAUUGGAGCUCCAUUAAUGAUGGCUUCCUUUCUCUACUCUGAUCAGCUGUUUUGGAACCAAACACUCAAAAGCCUGUUUUGAAAUUAGUAGCUACUUGGAUCGACUUCCCACAACUUGACUGGUUUUCCACUACAAUCCGGUACUAUCUAAUGUGAGUGGUUGUUGUCAUAGCACUCGUCCCGCAGUGUAAUCAAUACGCAACAUGAAACCUACAAAAAGAGU